GACAAUUGGUUUAUACGUUUGUAUGGUGCUGUUUUAUGUGAAUUCCUCCAAGUUCCCCUGCAUAUCCUGAUAGAAAUGCUUACUAAAUUCGAGACAAAAUCAGCGAGGGUAAAAGGAAUAUCAUUUCACGCCAAACGACCAUGGGUUUUGGCGAGUUUGCACAAUGGGGUGAUUCAGCUUUGGGAUUACCGUAUGUGUACUUUACUGGAGAAAUUUGAUGAGCAUGACGGUCCUGUACGUGGCAUUUGCUUCCACAGUAAUCAACCUUUAUUUGUGUCGGGAGGAGAUGACUAUAAGAUCAAGGUAUGGAACUACAAGCAAAGAAGAUGCCUCUUCACCCUACUGGGGCACUUAGACUACAUUCGCACAACAUUUUUCCACCAUGAGUACCCAUGGAUAUUGAGUGCUUCAGAUGACCAGACAAUAAGGAUAUGGAACUGGCAAUCUCGUCAGUGCAUCAGUGUCCUCACCGGUCACAACCACUACGUCAUGUGCGCACAGUUCCAUCCCACCGAAGAUCUACUGGUCUCCGCCUCGCUGGACCAGUCCGUCCGCGUCUGGGACUUCUCUGGUCUUCGUAAGAAGAGUGUGGCACCCGGACCGGCUGGUUUGGCCGACCAUUUGAGGAACCCACAAGCGACUGACCUAUUUGGACAGGCCGACGCAGUCGUGAAGCACGUGCUAGAAGGACACGACCGCGGAGUCAACUGGGCAGCGUUCCAUCCCUCACUGCCGUUGAUCGUCUCUGCUGCCGAUGACCGGCAAGUUAAGCUGUGGCGGAUGAACGAUGCUAAGGCGUGGGAAGUGGACACGUGCCGUGGGCACUACAACAACGUGUCAUGCGCGUUGUUCCACGCGCGUCACGAGCUCAUCCUGUCCAACAGCGAGGACAAGUCCGUGCGAGUGUGGGACAUGACCAAGAGGACUUGUUUGCACACGUUCCGAAGGGAGCACGAGCGAUACUGGGUGCUGGCCUCCCACCCGUCUUUGAACUUGUUUGCGGCGGGUCACGACGCUGGCAUGGUGCUGUUCAAGCUGCAGCGAGAGAGGCCAGCGUACGCUGUGCACAACAACAUACUGUUCUAUAUCAAGGACAGGCAACUACGCAAGCUAGAUAUGGCGACAAAUCGCGACUCUGCGGUGAUGCAGAUCAAGGGAGGAGGUCGACAUCAGCCUUACAGUAUGUCCCUAAACCACGCCGAAUGGUGCGUGCUAGUCAACUGGCGGGUCGGCGAUACGAGCUCCUACGAGUUGUAUUCCGCGCCGCGAGACGGAGGCGAGGCCGCCACCGCAGAACCCGCUCGCGGUCAGGCCACGACCGCUGUCUGGGUCGCUAGGAAUAGGUUCGCGGCAUUGGAGAAGAAUAACCAGCUGGUCAUCAAGAACCUAAAGAACGAGGUCUCAAAGAAGAUAUCGACCCCUACCUGCGAGGAGAUCAUGUACGCAGGCACCGGUAUGUUACUGCUGCGCGAACCCGAUAGUGUGCAGCUGUUGGACGUCCAGCAGAAGAGGACCAUUGCCAGCGUGAAAAUCGCCAAAUGCCGCUACGCAGUCUGGAACGCCGACAUGUCUUUAGUAGCUUUACUCGGCAAGCACACCGUCACCCUCUGCACCAAGAAGCUGGAACAGUUAUGCAGCGUGACGGAAGGAGCCCGGGUCAAGUCCGGGGCAUUCGACGACUCUACGCCGCAACCAGUGUUCAUUUAUACCACAGCGAAUCAUAUCAAGUACUGCUGUAAGGAUGGUGACUACGGCAUCAUUCGCACGCUGGACGUGCCCGUAUACGCAGUUAAAGUGGUCGCCAACGAGGCGGGCGCUCGCGUGGUCUGUUUAGACCGGGAAGCGCGCCCUAAGGUGCUCAAUAUUGACCCCACUGAGUACAGAUUCAAAUUGGCGUUAGUGACACGCCAGUAUGACCAAGUGUUACACAUGGUGCGGACAGCGAAACUUGUCGGGCAGAGCAUCAUCGCGUAUUUGCAAGAAAAAGGCUACCCAGAAGUGGCACUACACUUCGUCAAAGACGCCCGGACCCGUCUCUCCUUAGCACUGCAGUGCGGGAACAUAGAGGUGGCUUUGGAAGCUGCCAAGAGCCUCGACGAGCCCGACGCGUGGGACAAACUGGCACAGUCCGCUUUGGCCACCGGCAAUCACCAGAUCGUCGAGAUGUGCUACCAGCGUACCAAGAACUUCGACAAGCUCUCAUUCCUAUACCUCAUCACGGGCAACCUCGAGAAGCUUCGCAAGAUGAUGAAGAUCGCAGAGAUCAGGAAAGAUGUCUCCGCACAGUUCCAGGGAGCAUUGUUACUGGGAGAUGUGAAAGAGAGGAUACGACUGCUGAAGAAUGCUGGACAGAUAUCCUUGGCCUACUUGACAGCUGUCAACCACCACCAAACUGAGGAAGCCGAGCAACUGAAGGCUGCCUUAGAGGCUGCCAGCCUGCCCGUCCCGGCUUCAAACCCCGAUGCGGUGGAACUGAGGCCCCCGCUGCCGGUCUAUAGAGCCCAGCCUAACUGGCCGCUACUCGCUGUAUCCAAGAGUUUCUUCGAGGUAGCGGGCGCGGCCCGAGCGACGGCGGGCGAACAGGGCGCGGUGGCGGCAGCGGGCGCGGCGGCCGUGGGCGAUGAACCUUUAGAAGCUGCGGGAGCCUGGGGCGACGACGACGACGUGCUGGCUAAGGAGGACGGUGAUGGAGAAGAAGUUAUGGAAGACGCGUGUGACGACGGCGGCUGGGACGUGGGCGAUGAAGACCUGGAGUUGCCCGAGGAACUUGCCCCUGUCUCUGCGGACAUCGACGGCGGCGAGGAGUCGUCGACAUACUUUGUGGCGCCCACGCGUGGGAUUAGCGCCGCCAUGUCGCCCAAGCUGCGGACGGCGCACGACCACGUUGCUACUGGACAGUUUGAGAUUGCUUUCAGGCUUCUGAACGAACAAGUGGGCGUGGUGAACUUCGAGCCGUACCUGGAGACGUUCCUGGGCAUGCUGUCUCGCUCGCACGUGACGUUCGGAGCGCUGGCCAGCGUGCCGCCGCUCACCGCGCACCUGCAUCGCAACUGGAAGGAGGCUAGUGGGAAGGACCUGCUGCCUGUUAUAACGCUAAAACUCAACGACCUAGUGAACCAGCUACAGCAGUGUUACCAGUUAACCACCGCCGGGAAAUUCACCGACGCCAUCGACAAGCUGCAGCGCAUAGUGCAGUGCGUGCCACUACUGCAUGUCGAUACUAAACCGGAGCUCACUGAAGCACAGCAACUGUUGACCGUAUGCCGGGAAUAUUUGCUGGGACUACGCAUGGAGACAGACAGAAAGGCGAUGCCCAAAAACACGCUCGAAGAGCAGAAGCGCACGUGCGAAAUGGCCGCUUACUUCACACACUGCAUGCUGCAGCCUGUUCACCAGAUCCUGACCCUGAGAACUGCUCUCAACAUGUUCUUCAAACUCAAGAACUUCAGAACUGCCGCCUCCUUCGCCCGAAGACUCCUAGAACUCGGCCCUCGUCCCGAAGUCGCCCAGCAAGCCCGAAAGAUCCUCCAAGCCUGCGAAAAAACACCCACAGACGAACACCAACUUCUAUACGACGAACACAACCCUUUCAGCAUCUGCGGAAUCAGUUACAAACCCAUCUACAGAGGAAAACCCGAAGAAAAAUGCUCCCUUUGCGGCGCUUCCUUCAUGCCGGAACACAAAGGAAAACUAUGCCCCAUUUGCGGAGUCGCCGAAAUCGGAAAAGACGUCCUAGGCCUCCGAAUCUGUCCCCUGCAGUUCCAGAGAUAAAUAAUGUAUUAUUGUAAGUUUAUAGAUUAAAUAAAAUAUUGUAUCGCGUUUUA